CUUUUGGUCUUUUUUUUUUUUUUUUUUUAAACCCCGGUCCCUGUUUAUCCUGAAAAGGAUUUGAAGACAGCUUGAAGGAUAAAAAGCCUCGGUGCUUCCCAGGCGCCGAACGGAGGAGCCAAAGAGGAAGAGCCGGGGCUGCCGGAGCCUUCGGAGAUGGACGAGCAGCCGAGGCUGAUGCAUUCCCACGCUGGGGUCGGGAUGGCCGGACACCCCGGCCUGUCCCAGCACUUGCAGGAUGGGGCCGGAGGGACCGAGGGGGAGGGCGGGAGGAAGCAGGACAUCGGGGACAUUUUACAGCAAAUUAUGACCAUCACAGACCAGAGUUUGGAUGAAGCGCAGGCCAGAAAGCACGCUUUAAACUGCCACAGGAUGAAGCCCGCCUUGUUUAAUGUGUUGUGUGAAAUCAAAGAAAAGACAGUUUUGAGUAUUCGGGGAGCCCAAGAAGAAGAGCCCACAGAUCCCCAGCUGAUGCGACUGGACAACAUGCUGCUAGCAGAGGGGGUGGCAGGGCCCGAGAAAGGAGGAGGUUCUGCAGCAGCAGCAGCGGCAGCAGCAGCUUCUGGGGGCGCAGGUUCAGACAACUCAGUGGAGCAUUCCGAUUACAGAGCCAAACUGUCACAGAUCAGACAAAUCUACCACACGGAGCUGGAGAAAUAUGAGCAGGCAUGCAAUGAAUUCACCACCCACGUGAUGAACCUCCUUCGAGAGCAAAGCCGGACCAGGCCCAUCUCCCCGAAGGAGAUCGAGAGGAUGGUCAGCAUUAUCCACCGCAAGUUCAGCUCCAUCCAGAUGCAGCUCAAGCAGAGCACGUGUGAGGCCGUCAUGAUCCUGCGCUCCCGGUUUCUGGAUGCUAGGCGGAAGAGACGGAAUUUCAACAAGCAGGCCACAGAAAUUCUGAACGAAUAUUUCUAUUCCCAUCUCAGCAACCCUUACCCCAGUGAGGAAGCCAAAGAGGAGUUAGCCAAGAAGUGUGGCAUCACAGUCUCCCAGGUAUCAAACUGGUUUGGAAAUAAGCGGAUCCGGUACAAGAAGAACAUAGGUAAAUUUCAAGAGGAAGCCAAUAUUUAUGCUGCCAAAACGGCUGUCACUGCCACCAAUGUGUCAGCCCACGGAAGCCAAGCUAACUCGCCCUCCACUCCCAACUCAGCGGGUUCUUCCAGUUCUUUUAACAUGUCAAACUCUGGAGAUUUGUUCAUGAGCGUGCAGUCACUCAAUGGGGAUUCUUACCAAGGGGCCCAGGUUGGAGCCAACGUGCAAUCACAGGUGGAUACCCUUCGCCAUGUUAUCAGCCAGACAGGAGGAUACAGUGACGGACUCGCAGCCAGUCAGAUGUACAGUCCGCAGGGCAUCAGUGCUAAUGGAGGUUGGCAGGACGCUACUACCCCUUCAUCAGUGACCUCCCCUACAGAAGGCCCUGGCAGUGUUCACUCUGACACCUCCAACUGAUCUCCCAGCAAUCGCAUCCCGGCUGACCCUGUGCCGCAGUUGGGGCAGGGGCAGGAGGGAGGGUUUCUCUCCCAACGCUGAAGCGGUCAGACUGGAGGUCGAAGCAAUCAGCAAACACAAUAAGAGUCUCCUUCUCUUCUCUUCUUUGGGAUGCUAUUUCAGCCAAUCUGGACACUUCUUUAUACUCUCUUCCCUUUUUUUUUUCUGGGUAGAAGCCACCUUCCCCUGCCUCCAGCUCUCAGACUGGUCUCUGUCAUCUUCCCUGGCCCUGUCCUCUGUUCUAGACUCCCCGGGUUCCUGCCCUCUAUUAUAUCGCUGAAGGAUAUUUUCAACAAUUAGAGGAAUUUAAAAAGAAAAAAAGCAAAUUACAAAGAAAACAAUAAACGUAUUUGUAUGUUUUCAUGCUGGUGGUUUGAGGAGCCAAAUUUACCUCACUCGGAGCCCUCACCCCUAUGUUGACAGGCAAUCCUUCUGUCUCUCUUGUUAUUCUCACUACCUCUUAGCAGGAAUACACCACACUGCCCUACUCAUUCCAGGCCACUCUGUCUCCAUUUGCCCCUUCUUUCUGGGAACAAUCCCAGUUUCUUUCUCUUCUUUCUGGCCCCAGGUAUUUGCUGGGGACUGCCAUAGCUGGCCUUCUAAGGUGCCACAUGUCGCAGCGUAGCUCUAUCAGAUCAAAUCCCAGGCAGGAAGCCAGGCGGGGGGGGGGGGGGACACACAGGAUUCCUACCAGCUUUCCCAUCUUCUUAGGAACAGUUCUUGGUCUCAGAGACACAGUCCGUAGAAACCAUUCAACACUUGGGCAGCAAUGUUCCGAACCUCACACAAGCCGGAUCUGAGAAAGCUAUCCCAAUGGCUGCAUCCGUAAAGAGUGAAGGCAUCUCAUCCUGAAAGGCUUCACUGUCCCUUCCUAGACACGUGCACACAUACGUCACAUACGUAACACACAGGUGGACCCACACACAACCCGACACCUUUGCUUGGCAGGAUGCUACUUCCUUUUAUCAGUGACCUCCCCUCCAGAAGGCCCUGGCAGUGUUCACGCUCAUGCCUCCAACUGAUCUCCUGGCAAUCUAAUCCUGUGCAAAUGUAUACAUUAGCAAUCAUAUUACUUUACCGGUGAGCCUGAGAGAGAAGCAUAAUGUGCCCGGGGCUUCUAGGACCCGCCCGUAUGCACUUACCACAGCGGAAUGCACAGGCGUUUAUUGGCAUGCAGGUCAGGGUUCAAGUGUAAACAGUUUUCAUUCCCACCACCUCUGGAGCUCUCAGGGAGCCAGACACAGGACUCACCAUAUCUAUGAUGGAUUUGGCUGCUUUGUCUGUGUUUUUAUGACAUUAUCUUUUCAAAACAUUAUAGUACAGUGUGAUCUUGUUCUUGGCUUCUUCCUCUGAAGGAGAGAGUGGUAUAGAAUGUGGUUCAGGUGAACUUUUUACUGAUUAAUUUGAAGACAUAACAAUCAUAGAGUAAGAAUGAUGGUUUUUUUUGUUGUUGUUGCUGCUGCUGUUGAAAUAAUCAGAGUAAUCUAAAUACCGCGGGAUUGAAAGAGAAUAACAUUUUCUAGAAAGGUAGUCUUGCUUUUGACUUGAGCUUAAAUUCCCCAGUCAGCUCCUCUAGCCUUAAAGAUGGUAACUUUGCCAGUAGAUUAAGUGGCACAUGGUCAGAUAAUUUUGGGGCCUCAUGCUCAUCAUCUGUAAAAUGGGAACUGUUAUGCUUGGCUUACCAAGGGGCUUUUAAAAGGCCCAGGAGACUGAUUUUGUUUAUAUUUAAUCUCUAGGUCUGAUGAUCAAGGAGAGCAAUGCCCCUGUGAUGAACUGUGUCAGGCUAGGGCAGAACAAGACAUGGUCUUCUUGUUCUAAUUUCUGCUCGUGGUCUUGUUGUCUUCAGCAUAACGACAAAGCGUUGCUUUAGAGACUUUCUGCUCUGAUUUGGUUUGGGUCUAUUAGUCUUCUUAGGAUAGAGAAGAGAUUCGAACCUAGACAGGUAGAACUUUAUUUUAUUAGCUCUUGGUUGAAUCUAAUAUGUGGCCUUCCCAGUGCCUGUCCCUGUCACAGCCACUCUGCUUCAGAGACUUCUGGGAAGAAGUACAAGAACUUGAAGGCUACGAAACCAGCCCACGAUGUCACACGCAUGCCACAUGGCACUGCGAUGACUGGUAGGAAGCUUGCUUCAUUUGUGCUUAGAGGAGUAGGGCCUGCGUAAAGGGAAGCCUGAGGGGAUAGAUAUUUGAAGAUGAUGCAGAAAGUAAUUAUUUGGCAAAUGAAAAUCUGUCUAGCCAACCCAGGUCACUAGAAAGACUGUCAACUAACCCAUGACAUGCUCAGAAAAGAGUGCCUAGGAGGGACGUCAUCCCCAGUCUAUACAGUGAUGAGAACCAGUGGCCUUUGUCUUUGUGGCAGGAAUAUAUUGAAACUCCUCAUACAAAUAUGGCUGGAGCUCAUCAUUUAACAUGGAGCAAAGUGAGAAGAAUGACUCCAGAUCUGGCCUGAACACAGGAAGGGGAUGAGUGGAACAUGCGAAAGCAGGGCUGCCUUCACACAGGACAGCUUCUCUCCAGGCAGUAGCAGCCCCACCCAGCACUUCACCAGGCCUUCUCUCGGCCCAACACUUAUUCCGUAGCCUGUUCUCCAUGCCUACUGUCACCUCCAACAUCCAGGUCUCUGUUGUCAAGCAAGGCUAGAGAAUGCUGGCAGCCUCAGGAUAGGAGUGGAAAGCGCGUGCCUCUAGACACCCAACUCGACCCCUAAAUUCCGUGCCCCAGGAUGCUUUCACAUUCGAAGUACAAAUGGGGGUACCCCAUUUCCCCCAGCAGCAGUUUUCUCCUGAGACUGGCAGUGGCCUUGGUUGUGUCACCGUUGUUACAUUUGAUUGCCUCUUUCUCCUCUUCCCACUGGGGCAGAACAGACUCCUUGGCAGCAGUUCAGCCUCCUGGCACCUUCCUUCCACUUCUUUCCCUAUGGUAGUGGUACUGUAUUAUUAUUAUUGUUAUUAUUAUUAAUUUUUGGUUGCCUUUUCUCACACCUACCUUCACCUCUUUCCUUCUCUUUAUUUUUCUGCCCAGAAAAACCUGACUUCGAUACCAAAAAAAGAUAAAACUACAGAAACUCAAAUUUAAAAAAAAAACUUAAGAAAAAAAAGUAAAAAAAAAAAAAACUCAACAAUUCUUUCAGCUUUAUUAACAUUUUCCAUCGUUUCUUGCGACUUGUGUCUUGUUCUUUGUAGUAUUGAUGACGAACAUUUGAUAAUGAAUGUUCUUGUAUAUUCAGAUAAAGAAAAAAAACCAAAAAUGCGGUCUGGAUUUAAUAGUGUUUAUAAUAAAAAUUUUAAAAAUGAUCCUCAUAGCACGCAAAACAGGAAGGGGAAGUUCCCCUUCUUUCUGUGACAAUACACAUCAUUCCUGCAUUAGUUUUUAACACCAAACUACCUAUGUUCCUCAUUUCCCCCAUUUUUCUUUUUAUUUUCUUGCAUUUGUGAAUUAGUUCAAGAAUGCUAGAAAAGUGUCAAGUUGUGUACAUCCAUUUCUUCUUUCACAAUGUUUAAAAGUGACCGUAAUUCAUUUUGUAAACUAAAAAAAAAAAAAGAAAAAAAAAGAAAAAAAAUAAGGUUGGAAUAGUGACAUAAUAGGUAUAACCUAACUCAUUAUGUUUAUUAAUUUUGAGACCCAGAAAUAAAUUCUUUUUCCUUUCUUUAUUCCUGCUCUUAAAAAUACAAAAAAAAAUAGUUUUGUUUCAUGUUAUUUUGGUUUUGUUUAUUUGAGGGGGGGUGCUUUUCUUUCACUGUCCGGGUUGUGGGUCUUUGCUGGUUUUAUUCCUUAAGUAUGUACACAAGGUGAUGUGACGAGGGGCCGCUGUAGGGGAGGCUGCUUCGUGCUCUGCUUUGCUUCAGCCGAUGUCAGAAACAGUGGUAAAUCCCAGGGCCACAUGCCCUUGCUUUCUUGCAUGCCCAGGAUGUGUGGCACCCUGUAGUCCCCAAGAUAAUGAGACACAGACUUGCUUCUCUCAAAACUCACAGAGUCUGUCCAGGGAAAUUCUUAAACCAGAAGGAAAGACGUUUUGCCUUUGUUGAUUCUGAGUGUCUUUCUUUCCUCUGAAUGGCUUUCUUUCUCCUUGAUUAACGUCAAUUGUCCAGGGGAAUACUUCCUACAAGACAGGAUUUUUCUCCUGGCAGCACUUCACCGGAGGUACUGCCAUGGUGGGUACCAUUACCAAGUAGUGUAGAGCCAGGAAGCAGACCCCAGGCUCAGGAUCCACAUUCGCCAAUUCUGGGUAGAGAGUUGGUGAGUGGUAAGUCGGAGUCCAGACUGCAGAUUGAAUGCUAAAAUGCUGGUUUCUGAGUCACUGAUGGUGGCCCCGUAACUAACCUCCGAUUAGACUGAUGUCUGUUUAAACUGCAAAGCAGGCUUCCUCAGAAAUUUAGUAUUAGUUCUAGGGAAAAAGAAAGCCACGUUGUUGGACAGAAGGUCAGUUUUGGACAUCACUCCUUCAAACAUUCAGAUGAUCAGAAAGCAGACAGAAUUCCAGCCAGAUACAUGAAGAAGAAAAGAACCCCUCCGAGUCGUGGAGCUGUGCUGUAGGCAGCUGUGUUGUUUCUGCCCUGAGAAAGGCAACCUCUUCACAUCACCUUUGUGGUUUCCAGGCCAGCUCAAAGCUUUCUGGAAACCCCUAUUUUUUUUUUUGUAAACUUUUUUUCCCCUCUUGUUAAAAUAAAUAAAACAUUGAAUGUUCCCCCUCUUUCUCUCUAUGACUUCUUCCCUUUGUGGGUUUCAUUUUGAAGUGUUUCCCUUUGGUUGUUGAUUUUAUCGCCUACCCCCUCCGCCUCAUUAUUGAGAGUAUAAACCUGCAAAGCUCUGCUCUACUUUGGUUCCAAAAGCUUAAGCUUUUCCGCUUCUGCGAGAGCACAGGCUUCUUUCCCCUUUGAUUCCAGCUGAACUUUUGUGUUCUCUAAUGAUACUAACACGAUGUAGGUUUUACAGUCUCCUAAUUUGUACUGGUAAUGCAGAUUCCAAAUAAAUAGUUUCUUUUGUUGCAAAAUAUAUA